ACUCAAAUUAAAUUACAAAUAAAAUAUUUUUAUAUAAAUAUUUCGUUAUGAUCCCUAGUGAGUCCGUGAGAUAGAAUGAGAUGGCGAUGUCCAGUGUCUUGUUCUUUCAUUGCUAUUAGUCUGAUGAGCAGGAGUUACAUGUGAAUAAAAAAUACUGGCUGGAUGCAUUAUAGAUUUUUCUUUAUAUUCUGACAUAACAGAAUGCAAAAAGUGGCAAAAGGAAUAGACAUCAAAUUCUUAUUUUCUGAAAGAAUUUAAGAGAUUUUUGAAAUUGUUUACAAUGUCCAAGAUGAGGUAUAAAGAUGAGCCGAAUAUGAGUGAUACUACCAUUUUAAUGAGCGUGGAAGAUCUGAUAAAUAUAGCUAUGGGUCCACAACAUAAAAAUGUAAUAAAUUAUAAACUAAUACAGACAGUUCUUCAUAUUCUUGCUCGACAAAUGCGAAUGCUCGAGCAACGUGUGGAAAUUAGAAUUACGGAGCAACUAUCACCACUUGACGAGAUAAAAGGGAGGACAAGAAAAGUAGAAGCGUCUAUUGAUAGCUCAUCUAGAAAGAGUCCGCGAUCGGUUAUUUCUAAAGACCAUAUAGAAAACUUUACAGAGGUGUCUAAACAAAGUAAAGAUAAAGAAAAAGCGGAACAUGCUGUCCAAAAAGAAGAAAAAUAUGUUAAAGAAAAGGGUAAAGCAGACAGAACCACACAGAGGCAAGUAAAUAAAGGCGAAAAGGCAAGAUUAAAAGAAGGAGAUAAGAUUAUAAAAGAAAAAGAGGAAAAAGAUAGAGCAACUUCUAAGGAAAGGGAAAAAGCAGAGAUAAAUGAAAAGGAGAAAGAAGAACGGACAAUUUCUAAGGAAAGAGAAAAGUCUCAAAAAGCAACAGCUAGGGAAAAAGAGAAAGGAGAACGAACAACUUCUAAGGAAAGGGGAAAAGUUGAAGAAAGAGAGACAGAAGAAAAGGAAACAGAAAAAUUGGACAAAGUAACGGCUAAAGAAAGAGAAAAAGGUGUUAUGAAAACAAGGGACAAAGAUGAAAAGGCGACGCAGAUAGAAAAAGAACAAGCAGAGAUGGAAGCUAAAUUGAAAUUAAAAUCUUAUAAGAAAGGUAAAAUUCGAGCUGGAUCUGGAACGAGUAUUGCUAUAUCAGGUUAUUCGCGUGGUCGUGAGAGUAUAGAAGUCGUAACACGAUCGCAAUUUAAAAUCCUUGAAGCUAUGGUUAAUGAUCUUGAAGCUAUGGUUAAGGAGAUUGCUGGACCUUUGCCUACACCAGCAUUGCCGGAAAAUAAAAAGUUGAGAUCCGAACUGGCUAGAGGCAGUGCCUCUCUUACAGAUAUAAUGAAUGCCAUGCAGGUGAGCGCUCGUGUCAAAGCAGCUGAACAAGCUAUUGGUCGAAUGGGCGAUUUGCUCACGGAACUGGCAGCAGCUGGUGCUUUACCGGAUGAUUUUGCAGAGCGAAUUGUAGAGGUUCAGUUUGAGCCACACGAACAGCUGGACACAUUGGCUGCGAAAUCUCGCGUACCAGCUGGUAAAUCUGUUGUCAUUGAUUCAUCUUCAAUAAAGUCGUUUGCUGCGCGGUCUGUGGCGUCGGACGUCUCACCGUCUAAAAUGUCAGUUGGAAGAUCAUCCGUAGCUUCACAUCUGUCUACCGCUUCCGCGUUAUCAACUCUGCCAAAAGUUACUCGACUAGACAUGGACGACGCUCUCCGUUCUCUUAAAGAGGAUUUAUUAAAGAAUAUGCAUUCAAUGACAACAAAAGCUGCUGCUGCCGCUGAAACGGCAGUAUCUGUAGCAAAAUCUGUUGCUGCAAAACUUGAUGUGGCAAUACAGUUAAAUGAUCGUAUAUCGACAUUGCAUUCUCUUGUGUCUGAUUAUGCAGAACAAUUGAGUGGUUUCGAUGCUGGAAUUUCUACUCAGAUGCAGGGAUUCCAAGAGCAGAUGAUGCAACUGCGCUCAGAUUUAAGGGGUGGUUUGACGCAGUUUGAGCAAGUUAACAAUAAUGCUGAGACUGCUGCUGUUCUUGAACUUACGGAACAUUACGAGGGUUUAGUCUCCGAACUGGAUCACACUCUUCACCUGCAUAAAUCGCUUACUACCUUCCAGAAUCAACUUGGCGAUGAGUUACAUAAUCUUGUGGAAUGCGUGGAGAUGCUUAGAGAACAGAAAGCUGAUCGAGACGAAGUUUUAGAUGGACUUAGAGAUAAGGCAGAUAAUUCCCGACUGGCUGGUUUGUUAAGCGAAAUAGAGUUCACUGCCGCCCGCGCCGAGCUGGAACGGCGGCUUGAAGUUUGCUACGACAAGUUCUAUAAACAGGACAAUGUUUGGAUGGGUGCUAUAAAGGAGUUGUCUCACAUAGCUGGCACCAAAGCGGAGCUGAUGCAGUUACUGGCAAUGAAAGACGAGACGCAACAGCAACUUCGCGAACUGCAUGAGAAGUUGCAAAUGCUCGAGUUAGCGCUUGGCGAGCCGAAGGCUGCCAUGCUUACACGCAAGUUAUCCCGAGAUGCUACAUGUGGUGCGUGCAUGGUGCCGGCGUUGAUGGAGCCCGUAGAUGCAAGCCACGGAGCCCCGCCGCCGCUACCCGCUCUAAGACCGCGGCCUACUGGAGCUCCCGCCGAAGAAACGGAGGAACCCUGUCUCAAAGACUGGAAGUUACCUGAAUUUCCAAACAACAGGGAUCACAUAUGCCAUCGUUGGUGUGGAGGAUCUCAUACACUAGUUUCGGAUGCGAUCGCGCAUAAGCAAGCUGUUCCAAUAGAAUUACAGUCUGCUCCCACUAAGCGAUUCACUGGAUAUGGCUCAGAUGGAAGGAUGUACAUGAUGGAGGAAGAGCUCCAACCGUGCUUGGAGUGCAACGUAGUUCUGGAUCAAACUACUAAAGAAGCUCCACCGCCAUCCGAAGACGGUGCCGGUGACCAUGGUAAUUUAAAACAUUCGGUGAUAGGUGACCAUGGGCGGCGGUAGUCACUUACCAUCAGGUGAGCCGCAAGCUCGUUUGCCCCCUGUGUUGUAAAAAAAAAAGAAGGUUAAAGAAGCUUUGCAUUAAAUAAAAAAGUUUUAUAAUGUUUCUAUAGUUUUAAAUUAAUUUAUAUAUUUGUUUUUUUUUUAAAUGAUCAUAACUAAAAUAUGAAAACAAUAUGAAAACAUAUUGUUUUCAUAUUAUAGUUAUGAUUAAUUAUGAGUACUACACAUUAUCUUAUCGAUUGUUCCUACUGUCUAAUUUAUCUGUACUUACAUGAAUGUACUGAUAAUUUUAGUACCACUUGUGGUAAUGUAAUUUAGAGGCGACGUUGCAUACUUGCAUCUGAUAAAUUAGAAAAUAUAACGUCGAUUCCAGGUUUUUACAAUUAACUUUGAAAAAAGGACGUUCUCAAUUCGGUUGUAUUUUUUAUGUUUGUUACCUCAUAACUCCUUCAGUUGUACAUCGAUUGGGAAAAAUAUUUGUUUGUCUGAAAGGAUAUACUUACAGAUUGGUUCUAUAGAAAUUUUAUCAAAACAGAUUCAAUAGUAUCAAUUAAAAAAAUUAGUUUUGUCACAAUUGAAGUCGGUUUUUUUAUAGGACACAAUGUUUAAUUAUUAAAGAACAUACGUUCGAUUAAAGAUAAUAAACAAGAUUUGGCCUUGUAUUUAUUAUUUACUCGAAAGUGUGCGCAAAUGUUAUAAUAGAGCUAAUUGUUAUUAUACUUAGAUUUAAUUUUUGACUCACUUGUAAAGUAUCUUUUAUUAUAAUAAUUGGUAAAAAUAUGAACAUUUACAUGUGUAAACAAGUUAUGAUACUCUUUAUUGAUUCUUGUCCUUUAUUGACUCUACUAAACAGUUCUAACCACCUUUCUCAGAAUUACCUAUCGUCCGCAUAACGCGUCUGUAUAACGAUAUUGUAAAAACCAAGCCUGAACUUGAUAUUCACAACGAUAGUCACUCUGUAUUCAUGACUAAAUUAAAAUGUUGAUAUACCUCCCUAUUACAUUAUAUUUAUUUAUAAUUUAUAAUAAUUUGAAUACAAUUUCCAUUAUUUAUAUUAUAUUAUUAUUCAUAUUGUUAAUAUCUUUAGAAAUUUUAUAAUUUAAUUAUAUUUUAAUGUUUAUCAAACACAAGGCAUGCUGUGGUU